AUGGCUCAACGCACCCUUCCUUCAGUUCCUGUCAAGCACGCAGACCUGGUUGAAUACCUGCAGUCGCACCCAGAUGAACCUGUGCGCGAUCUCUUGAAACCAUAUAACGAUUACGACGCCGUUUUACGCCAAAUAUUCGCGCAGGAGCCGGAUCAUCCCGUCAUCGCAGAUGGCCUUCUCAAUGUCGUGCCGCUUUACGAUGUAGAACGAGGUGGUGCCGCGGACCUACGGAUCCGCGCCCGUAACCUCGCGACAGAAUCUGACGAUGUGAAAACCAAAUACAUAAUGCCCCUAUCAGACGAAGACCGGAGACCGGAUGGUUCGUUCGCAGUGGUUCCAUCCCUAAAGCAAUUCCAGACCAAUUUCAGCAUCUUCUCCGAGGGGUCGCUGAGCAGCCUCAACUGGGACAAUGUCCUCGCUGUUGAUGAAGACUCUAAACGCAAGAUUCGCCAAUUCUACCACGAGAAGUUUGCUCCUGCAUCCGACGUGGAUCUUUUCCUAUACGGCCUGGAUCACGAGCAAGCCAUUGAAAAGAUCAAGCACAUCAAGCAAUGUAUCAACGAUUCUGUUUUGACUGAAACCACAGCUGUGCGCACAAAACACGCCAUUACUAUUGUGUCGCAAUAUCCCACACGCCAUGUACAAAUUGUGCUUCGCUUGUAUAAGUCGCCGGCGGAGAUAUUGACGGGACUCGAUGUGGACUGCUCUGCUGUGGCGUACAACGGGCGGCAACUGUACCUGACGCCCCGGGCUCUGGGCGCAUACAUCACACAGAUCAACAGUAUCGAUCUAUCACGGCGCUCUCCAUCGUAUGAAAGUCGUCUUUCAAAAUACUCUCAAAGAGGCUUCGAGGUCUUCUGGCCCGAUCUAGACCGGUCUCGCAUCGACCCCACUAUUUAUGAGCGAAACUUGAAACGCAUCGUGGGUCUAGCUCGCUUGCUCGUCCUAGAGAAACUUCCACAUUUAUCCGAGCGAGAGCAGUAUCAGGAUAAGAGGAGACGCGAGCGCGGGCGUCCGGCCAUCAAGGGUAGUCGGCAGUAUGCUCUACCCGGCGAUCUCAAAGACGAGUGGGACGAUGAAAUUCCUGACUGGAUGGAAGAAGACCAAAUCUCGAAUUACCACACAAUAAAAAUUCCAUAUGGCAAGAAGUACUGUGCGCGAAAGAUUGAGAAGAUCUUGUUCACGAAGGACCUGCUUCUCAACGCGGAAUGGAACCGGCCACCGGACCGAACGGUCAACUUGCAUCGUCACCCAGCAUUCUUUGGCAGCAUUGAUGAUGUCCUGCACGACUGCUGCGGAUAUUGUCCGGUUCCUACAACAGAUGAAGGGCUUGAAAUUGCUCGGGAGGAGAGCAGAACGUUCAUAUCUGGAAAGAUGGGCUUUUUGACCGACAACCCCGGUCGUCAGGAGAUUGGAAGUUUCAAUCCAAUUACCGAANGGGGGGUGGACUAG